AUGGAGAAUAACGACGCUGCCGACGGGCUGGAACACGAAGGAGAGGUCGAUGUACCGCCCACCCGUUUCGAAGUGGAGCUUGAGUUUGUACAAUGUCUCGCAAAUGUGCCGUAUGUGAUAUUUCUGUUCAGCCAGCAACAAAUAUGGAGAGAUCCGAAGUUCAAGGCAUAUUUGAAAUACUUGGAAUACUGGUGCCAGCCGCCGUAUGCUCAAUGUAUAGUGUAUCCCAACUGUCUGUUUAUGCUCAAGUUACUGAACGGGUUUCUGGCAUCGGCGACGAUCAACGAAGACGGACUACUUGAGGGUGUGGAGGAGCUGCCCAAGGUGCUGCAGAGUCAGGGCGGCCAGUGGAUGAACGAGAUGGUCGAGCGGUGGAGUAACUAG